AUGGGAAGCGUAUUGUUCACUACGUGGGAAAACCUUCCAUCUAUCACGGACUUUCACCCUCCGACUCCUGCCGCCUACACCACGGUUCUCACUGUCUUUCAGUACUUCCCCGUGUUCACACUUCUCGAAUGGAUUCUCUCAUGGUAUCCGGCGGGUAAAACAUCCCUCAAAACCUCCCCAUUCAACGUUCCAGGCCGAAUCGCCUGGUUCGCCAUGGAGAUCCUGGGUCCUGUGAACCUGCUCUGGAAUCUUUCUCGGAGCACGCCCUCUUUGGUCGAGCUUCCCAUCACAAACCAGUUGAUAGUUGCCCUGUAUUGCAUUCACUAUGCCAACCGUGCCGUAAUAUCACCCUUCUUUUCGGCUCCGAGUAUGUCGCCCAUUCAUGCUUUCGUGAUGGGCAGCGCCAUGCUCUUCAACUGGAUGAACUCGUCGUGCUUGUCGGGAUGGCUAUCUGGCUACGAGAUUCCUAUUGCGGGAUACCGCACGAAUGGUGCCGAUGCUCUGAGUUCCUCGGGCCCUUCUCCAUUUUCCGGCCGACUCAUGCUCUUCACAGUUGUUGGAGUCAUCCUGUUCUUCUACGGCAUGGCCCAGAACAUCCGUUCGGAGACGACCCUCUUCCGACUUCGAAGAGAAGAGGCAGAGCGGAGAGCUUCGAAGAGAAGCGAGGACGGGUCUCCGGAAAAGAAUGAGGGCAACAAGUAUCAUAAGGUCUACGUGAUCCCCCCGGCCAAGGGAUCCUUUCGAUACAUUCUAUACCCUCACUUUGUCUUUGAGUGGCUGGAGUGGACCGGGUUUGCCCUCGCUGGUCUUGCAGUUUUCCCUUUGACUCUGUCGUCCACCACCACCACCAUGAGAGCGAGCAUUGCUCCCGCUCUACGACCAGCGCCGUGGAUUCUUCCUGCAGCUUGGGCGGCGGAUCGCCUGGGCCUUCCUCUUCCUUUGCCCGCCGUGCUGUUCGUCAUUAAUGCGGUUUCCAACAUGGUACCUCACGCCCGCUGGGGUCGAAAGUGGUAUGUCGAGAAAUUUGGAGCCAAAGCCGUUGCUGGAAGAGGCGCAGUCGUGCCAUGCUGCGAAGUGAUGUAA